AUGUACUCAGAGUUCAGGGUCUCAUCAGUGUGGAUUGGAUGCAGCUGUGAGGCUCUGGAUCAGCUCCUGGAUCAGCUCUUGGAUCAGGUUCUUCACUCAUGGACGAGUCGGCGUUGGAGCGAUACUUUGACGACUCCAUUGCAAAUGACUCCAGCUUUGUGUUGGGGGAGGAGCUGGGUCUCCAAGACUCCGCCCCCUCAUUGAACAACAGCUCUUAUCAGUCUGAGAAGGCGGUGCUGGGGGAGGAGCUGGACCUGAGUUUUCUACCUGAUGAACUCAACACACAGGAAGACACAGCUGAAGCAGCAGAGGGUCCGACUGCAGCUGUGGACACGUCUCAGGACAGCGGCGUCUGUCCAGACUACAAUUGCCAAGAUUCCAUAGCAGCUGACUUCCAGAAGGCGCCGCCCACAUCAGGAAUGGGGACCAUCACUUCCUCCUUUUGUCCCAUGACUCCUAUGACCCCCAUGACCCCCAUGACCCCUGUGACCGAGAGAUCAGGGAUCAUCCCACAGCUACAGAACAUCGUCUCCACUGUGAACCUGGGUUGUCCUCUGGACCUGAAGUUCAUCGCCCUGCAAGCCAGAAAUGCAGAAUACAACCCAAAGCCAGUUGUGUUUCAGCGUUUUGCAGCCGUCAUCAUGAGGAUCCGAGAGCCUCGAACCACGGCGCUGAUCUUCAGCUCGGGAAAGAUGGUCUGUACAGGAGCCAAGAGUGAGGAGCAGUCUCGGCUGGCAGCCAGGAAGUAUGCCCGGGUGGUGCAGAAACUCGGUUUCCCCGCUCGUUUCAUGGACUUUAAAAUCCAGAACAUGGUGGCCAGCUGUGAUGUGUUUUUCCCCAUCAGACUGGAAGGACUGGUCCUGACCCAUCAGCAGUUCAGCAGUUAUGAACCAGAGCUGUUUCCAGGCCUCAUCUACCGGAUGGUGAAACCUCGCAUCGUCCUGCUCAUCUUUGUUUCUGGGAAAGUGGUUCUGACUGGUAAUGAAACUCAAAUAUGUCCUUGUGUUUAAAG